AUGCAAAAGUUCGCCAACUGCGUGCUGCUCACCCGCGUGGGCGGCUUCUACGAAUUGUACUUUGAGCACGCAGAGGAGUUUGCGCCGCUUCUGAAUCUCAAGCUGGCCUCCAAGAAGACAAGUGCAGGGCCCGUACCCAUGGCGGGCUUCCCUUUCUUUCAACUGGAUCGAUACCUCAAGGUGCUCGUCCAGGAUCUCAACCGCUACGUGGCCAUAGCCGAGGAGUUCCCCAACGACGCGGCCGACAAGGUCAAGUCGGGCGGCUUGAUGCAUGACAGAAGGGUAGCCCGGAUCAUUACCCCGGGCACACUGAUAGAUGAGAACUUCAUCGACCCUUACUCCAACAACUAUGUGAUGGCAAUCCACGUCUGCAAACCUCCAACAGAGCCUGAGAGCCCGGCUGUGAAAGAAGGUCAUGGUGUCGUUGUUGCACCUUCAGUGUCUAGCGCUACAUCCCUAGGCAUUGCCUGGCUAGAUCUUUCCACGGGUCAUUUCUUCACACAGUCUUCAGAUCUGGCUUCACUAUCCUCAAUACUGUCAAGAGUCGGCCCCCGCGAAGUAGUCCUUGACCAGGACUUCGAGUCUCAAAAGGACCACGACAUCUUCUCCGUCUUGGCUGAAGACCGACACCUUGUCACAUAUUCCCCUCAAGGCGAACUGCAAGAUGUUACGGACUGGACGCCGCUUCUCGAGGCGGAGGUACCAGAGAACAUGAGGCGAACAUUCACCGAGGAAGAAAUGUUUGCCGGCACUCUAGUGCUCAAUUACGUCAAAGAUCGGCUGCAGGGCAUGGCAAUGAAGCUCCAGCCACCGUUACGGCACGAGAGCAUGCAAAUCAUGAACAUUGACAAAAACAGCCUGCGAGCUUUGGAGGUGAAGCAAACGAUUCGUGACGGUUUCUUUCGCGGCAGCCUUCUCCAUGCUAUCCGGCGAACUGUCACAAAGAGCGGAGCUCGACUUCUCAACGAGUGGCUUAGCUCACCGUCCACAUCUCUGGAAGUCAUCAACAAGAGGCAGGAUCUGGUGGCUCGGUUCAUUACUGAUGGCGAGCUCCGUGACACGCUUGUUGUGCUGCUACGAAGAAGCCACGACUCUCAGCGACUCGUUCAGAAAUUUGCCCUUGGGAGAGGCGACGCGGACGAUUUGUUGGCCUUGGCCAGCACUAUCCGGGCCACUGAGGGUAUAGUGGACUUGCUGAAGCAAGCAGUCGCAGCAUAUACCGAACAGCCAGGAGAGGACUGCAUUGAUGCUCUAACUUCUCGGAUCGACCUUUCGAAACCUUCGAAGCUUGCUCAACGAAUUAGAGACGCCAUAGAUGAGGAGGGCAUAGUCCAUCAGCACGAGGUCGAAGAUUCCGAAACCAGCCAGAUAAUGGCCCUCGCACAGGACAUUGUGUCCUCUGAGGGUUCACAUGCGGAUGCCUCCUCGCUGCCCAAAGGGAAGAAAAAGCGCCCUACCACCAUAAGAGAGUACUACGCCGAAGACAACGAUGCUUGGAUCAUGAAACCAGCCGCCAGCACCACGUUGAAGAAACUACAUUCUCAGCUUUCUUCGCUGUUGGAGGAAAGAGACGUGCUUGGAGAGACUUUGCGAAAACGUCUUGGUGCCUCAAGCCUCACUCUCAAAUGGACGCCUGGACUGGGCCACAUUGCCCACAUCAAGGGCAAGGAUACGAAAAGUCUCACAGACAUCAAAGCGCUCUCUGCCAGUCGUUCCACCCGCUCCUUCCACCUUCCUGAGUGGACAGCGCUCGGGCAGCGCCUCGACCAGGCUCGGUUCCAGAUCAGGCGCGAGGAGCAGCGUGUAUUCCAGUCGCUACGAGAGCAGGUGGUCCUGAAUCUUGUGAAGCUGCGCCGGAAUGCGGCCGUGUUGGACGAGCUUGACAUUGCCACGUCCUUUGCAAAACUUGCAGAGGAGCAGAACCUGGUCCGACCGCGACUGAACAACUCAACUUGCCAUACCAUCAUCGGAGGACGGCACCCAACGGUGGAGGGUGGCCUGCUCGAACAGGGGCGGACCUUUGUUCGAAACGAUUGCGUCGUCGGCUCAGCCAGUGAUGGCUUGAUAUGGCUCAUCACGGGCCCAAACAUGGCGGGCAAGAGCACCUUUCUCCGCCAAAACGCCCUGAUCACAAUACUCGCCCAAAUAGGCUGCUAUGUGCCAGCAUCAUACGCUGAACUGGGUAUCGUCGACGCCAUCUUCAGCCGGGUUGGAUCAGCGGACAACCUGUAUCGCGACCAGAGCACUUUCAUGGUUGAGAUGCUUGAGACGGCGCAGAUCCUCAAGCAAGCUACCUCACGAUCGUUCGUCAUCAUGGACGAGAUCGGUAGAGGCACUACUCCAGAAGACGGAACGGCCGUCUCAUAUGCCUGCCUGCAUCACCUCGCUACCGUCAACCAGUGCAGGACGCUCUUUGCGACGCACUUCCACGAAGUCGCCGAUCUGGCUGCUGCCGACGGCCUGUGUGGGCCCAAUCGCAGUGUUGUACACACAUACUGCACAGACGUGCAGGAAGAUGGCUCGGGCGGAUUUGUCUACGUGCACAGGCUACGGAAGGGCAUUAACCGGCAGAGUCACGCGCUCAAGGUGGCCAAACUGGCUGGAUUGCCUCAACAGGCUAUCGACAUGGCUGAGAAAGUUCUGGAUAGAACAGCUUCGCGACCAAUGUAG